AUGCAAGUUGUGAGGAACGCAGGGUCUCGAUUCUUGCGGUCAUGGAUUUGGCCACCGACGACUGGGGUCGUAGCCGAGGCGCCGGCCCGGACCGUCCACACAGGCACUCAGCAGCUGCAAGAAGCGGCGGCGAAAAAGGAAGUUGAGGAGAAGGCGGCGGCUCCGAGCCGCAGCAUCUUCAGCAUUUACCCUCCAAUUCCAGGACAAGAGAGCUCUCUGAGGUGGGGAGGGAAGAAAUUUGAGGAGAUCCCAAUCGCACACAUCAAGGCAUCCUACAACAACACCCAGAUCCAGGUCGUCUCUGCUACAAACCAGCCACUGGCCCGUGCUUCCUGUGGCACGGAGGGGUUUCGAAAUGCUAAGAAGGGCACGGGCAUCGCAGCACAAACCACAGGCAUUGCUGCAGCAGCGAAAGCUACAGGGAAGGGUGUGACUCACAUCCGAGUGGUGGUGAAAGGCCUGGGACCAGGACGCUCGGCAGCCAUCAAGGGACUGACCAUGGGGGGCCUGGAGGUGAUCUCCAUUACAGACAACACCCCCAUCCCACACAAUGGCUGCCGCCCCCGGAAGGCUCGAAGGCUGUGAAGAAAGGA